AUGUUGUCUUCUAUUCUGUUGACAAUAUUUUGUGCUUUUCUUUCUUCCACAGGCGCAGCAAACGUUGCUGAUUGGAACUCGCUGAACAAGACUCUGAAGGGUCAACUCAAAGGCGCCACUCCACUAGCAUCUCCAUGCUUUUCACAAGUCAACGCAUAUGAAGAAACGCAAUCCGAAGACUGUGCCACAGCUAUUGGCCAACAAUGUCUGCUCGACUCUUCGGACCCGUCAAGCAUCAAGGCAUAUGCCAAUGUGUCUUGUAAUCAGGGAUCUGUACCCUCGUACUACAUCCAAGUCAAGUCAGCUGAGGAGGUCAAAAAAGCUUUUGCGUUCGCCGCACGCACUCAGACGGCUAUCUCGAUCAAGAAUUCGGGCCAUGACUACAACGGCCGGAGCAGUGGAGCCGGGUCACUUUCCCUCUGGACACGCAAGCUUCAAGAGCUCAAGUACGAGCCAUCGUUCGUCCCGCAACAGUGCGGUCGGCAAGCUGGCGUUGCAGCUAUCACUACAGGCGCUGGUAUUAACUUCGACCAAGUCUACACAUUUGCUCACGAGAAGGGCGUGACUUACCUUGGUGGAUCGGGACCUACCGUCGGCGCAUCUGGUGGAUGGGUGAUGACGGGCGGUCAUGGCGUUCUAUCGCGAGUUUACGGUUUGGGCGUAGAUCGCGUGCUUGAAUUCGAAGUCGUCACAACGGAUGGUGUUACCCGGAUCGCAAACGCAUGUCAGAAUCAAGACCUCUUCUGGGCCCUGAGAGGUGGAGGCGGAGGUACGUUUGGCGUUAUCUUGUCAACGACCACUAGAGUGGAGCCAAAACUAAGCAUCGCGGUUGCGUUCAUCGCUCUUCCGGCAAACACAUCUCAGCAAGUCUUAGCCGAAUGGACGAGCCUUGCCAUCAACUCUACAAUCAAAUGGGCUGCUGAUGGGUGGGGCGGGUUCCAAGGUAGCGGUAUCACCCUUCUAGGGACACCGCUUCUCUCACUGGCUCAAGCCGAAUCGUCAAUGGCGGAACUCGCCCAGUUUGCAAAGCGAAAUGGCGGUUCAGUCGCCGUUGAACUACUCUCGGACUUUUACGACAUGUACACAAAAUACUACAUUACCAAUGUACAGGCUGGUGGUAGUGCUUUGUUCAGUCAUAACUGGAUGAUUCCUUCGCGGGCGUAUGCAAAUGCUCAAGGUCGUAAGCAGCUUCAAGACCAUAUGGACUGGAUGAGCAGCGUCGGGCUCAAUCCAGGCUUUCUUGCUACAACACCAUACGUAUAUAGUGGCGUGGCGAAGCAGUGCGGCACUUUUGACGCAUUCGGUUGGAUGGGCCUAUAA